AUGUAUGCAAAUUACAAACCACAAUUCGACAGGGACGGAAGGAAGAAAAAUUUAAGAGAAGGACUACCAGCUUAUGCAUAUUCACGUGGAGUUGAGUUACGAAGUGAUAAAAAUCCUUACUUGUAUAUGCAAUCUGAAGUGCAUGAUCCUCGAAGAAAUGUUCUCAACAUAAGCUAUCCUAUAAAUGUUCCUGAAUUUGAGCUACCAAAUGAAGAGCAAAUAUCCUACUAUGAGCAAUUAAUGAUGAUGAGCAAUGAAACUAUUGUACUAAGUAAUUUCUUAGAUAGGAAAGAAGCUCAGCUCGGCCCGAAAGUUAUUCACAAGAAACCUGAUUCAUUCCAAGAACAUUCCCUUAAGAACUCAACAGUAAACAAAUGCUCAUCAGAAAUUUUACCAUUUUACAAAAUAUGUUUUGAGAUCAUGAAAGCACCUAUAAAAGAUUCAAAAUGGAAACUAUGUUUAAUUACUGAAAAUUCAUCUGAGCUACGAUCUGAAAUACAACAAAUUUACUUACAUAUGUGGUUAUAUUACAAACAUUAUAUGGAGAAAGUUGAUUUAGGUGUGUUAGAUACUUGUAAUCGAAUAAUGGGAUUUGGACAAUCUGUGACGGAAACAGAACGAAUUUAUCUUACAAUUCGGGAUGACUAUUUAAUGGCAAUGCAAAUAUUGGUUUUAUUGAAAUGCAUACUAUCCAAUCAAAAUAUAUCUGUUUUUAAAGAUAUUAUGGAGACGUUAGAAUCAUGGAAAAUCCUAUUACAAAAGAUGAGUACUAAUCCAAAGAUGUAUGACUUGUCACCAUGUAAUACUACUUUGGAGAUGACAGAAUUGUUAGAACUACUAACUAGAAGUUAUUUCAAAAUAAGGCAUUAUUUAGAAGCUUGUUUUAUUUUAAUGGUUAAUACAGAAGAUACCAUUAAAGAGCAGCAGGUCAAAGACGAUUUGCUGUGCAAAUUUUGGUAUCUGAUGGUUGACACUCCAGAACAUUAA